AUGGCUCAGAAGCGACCGUUCCGCUUUCUCGACCUUCCCCGCGAGAUGAGGGAUAUGGUCUACGCGCUGCUGACCGCCGAUCACGACGACAUUGCAGAGGAUAAGGAUGAUCUCGACGGUCGCAUAAUUGCGUCUCUAAAGUGCGGCCCCAUCGUAGCGCUGCUGGGCGUGCAGCGGCAAUUCAGCCUCGAGUAUGCUGAGCAGAUCCGCCGCUUCUCCUCGCUGCAGAUAGUGGAUGCUCACGCCUGCUGCGCCAAGCUGAGCAGCCUACCUAACAACGUAUUCGACUUUGUCACCAAAGCCGAGUGCAUCCUCCUCGCAUGUUACAUCGGUCCUCAAGGUCACGGAACUACUUGCUCUAUGCGCAGACAUAUCCAGCAGCAUCACGACUGGACACAGAAGCUCCAGGGGAGUCUCCAGCAACCUCUGGCGAUCUCGAUCAAUCUCUACCUCUCAGGGCUACAUCAAGUGUAUGACACGAGGAGCUCUGCACCCGACCACGACUUACGGGAAUGCUUGAAGGGCCUCGUUGAGGUCAAUGGGAUUCAGCAGAUGGUCGUCCGCUGCAGUGCCGCAGCCUCGACAGGGCCGUGGGACGCAGCUUAA